AAAGGGUAUAAGAAAAUUCUUGUGAGUUGGAUCAUAUCAAAUUUUCAAAAUAUCAAAUUUAUCAAUCAUGAAUCAAUCAUGUGAUUGGAUUACGUGAUUUGGCGAACUGGCAAUGCCCGUCCAUCAAGCUGGAUCCUAAUAAUGUCAACAUGUCUCUUGAAAUCGAAGACGUAAAAUAGAAUGUUUGUUUGAUCUACAAGUGUACUUCGACGCUAUUUUCAGACAAUUUUAGGACAUGACGGAUAAUGCUAUAAAAAAAUCGGCUGAUCAAAUUCUUGAAGAAAUCUUUUCUACUCUGGUGAGUGACCCAGUCACAAAAGCUGAAAUUUCAAGUGAUUCCUCCAUUUUGCCUAGUAAUGAAUCUCCUACAUCAAGCGCAGCUACAAUUACAACUGAGCUGAAUCAAGAAAUAAAUGAAAAGUUGAUAAUCCCAGAUAAAAAGAAAAAGAAAAAGAAAGAGAAGAAAAAAACAAAAAAGAAAAAACGGAAAAAGGACGAUGAAAAUGACAAGGACAAUAGAAAACAUGGCAAAGAAAAGAAAAAAAAGAAAGAUGUUUUAACAUCAACUAAAGAAUCAAGUAAGGAAUCAAGUAAGGAAUCAAGUAAGGAAUCAAGUAAGGAAUCAAAGUACAAUUCUGAUCGGGAAGCCAAAAUUAGUGGAUCAAUGGUCAACAAGGAAGCUAAGAAAGAUGAUAUCAGUUUGGGGACGAGUCCAAAAGCUAAGGAGGAAACCAAGAGACACGAGAAAAUCGUUUCUAAAACUCAGCCCAGUGAGUUGUCUAAGAAAGACUAUAAACUGGAAUCGAAACCAAAUGCCAAAGAUGGGGCGAAAAAAGAAGAAAAAAUUGAACCGAGGAUAAAAAAAGAAGACAGGGUUGAAUCGAUGGUAAAAAAAGAUGACAAAACCGAGACGAAGCUUCGUGCCAAAGAUGAACCCAAAAAAGUUAGUAAAACGGAUAUUAAAGUAGAUGGAAAUGUCAAGCCCCAGUCAGAAACCAAGGCCCAUGACGAUGGUCGGAAAAAGAGGAAUGAAUCAAGAAGAAGUCAUCCAUCGCCUAAGCGACGAAGAAGUAGAAGUAGAUCUCCAAUUACCCGACGGCCAACAUUGCGUCGUUCUCGAUCUCGGUCUCCUCAGCGCCGGGCGCGAGUUCGGCCAAGGUCUCGAUCUCCUGCUAGAUCUCUCCCCCAUCAUCGUAAACGUUCCAGAUCACCAGCCGUCCAGAAACGUCCACCUACUCCACCAAAAUCGCCACGGAUCGAUAAAGCCCAACUUCUUGAGUUUGCUCGACAGAACUUGAAGCGUAUGCAGGAAAUGGGAUCAUUGCCAGCUGGCGUGGCUGUACCAAAUCAGCCAACGGAAGUGACUCCGACAUCUACACAAUUUACGGGAAAAACUGUAGCCGAAUUGACUGAUUAUUGCAAACACCUCAUGGCUGACCGGUCGGGCGAAGACGAUGAGAAAUCCGGGAAGAAAGAGUCCGAGUCAACGUUCACACGUCAUCCGUUCCAAAUCAAACCGCGUUCGGAUACCAUCGUUAUGAACAUCCGCAACGCUGUUGCUCUGCCCGUCCGUAAGCCCGAAGAACGAGUUGUAGCUCAGGCGCAACUUAAACAGCAAUUUCCCGUUUCAAGUGGCCAGCAGCAUUUGGAUCUUGAAUGGAUUCCAGUCACACCGUCACCAGUCGUGAAAGAAUUAAAUAAUAGCAGCGGUCCCAAACAGGCCCCAAAAGCCAUCACGGCGUCUGUAGUUCCCACCCCAAGGACCCCACUCCCAGUUGCUGAACCUCCUUCAGCUGACAUAGGAUCUAUCGUUGCCCAACGUAUUUCUUCCAUACGUAAACUACAAGAAAAUCAGUUCGACGUCCAAGCCCGUCUGGAACUUGAGGAAGCGGAAUCAAUGACGCAAAAUUGGGCCACCUACCAUCACACAAAUCCAAUGACGGGCGAACCCAUUCCGGAGUUGAUCAACUGGUCCGGAGCACCCCAGGCUUGGGUGAAGAAAGACUUGUUCACCAGUGCUGCGCCUGUGGCCAGUGGAGUGGGCAUGAAAUUGCUGCAGAAAAUGGGUUGGCAGCCGGGAGAAGGGCUCGGUCGCCAUGGCGAAGGCACCUUGGAACCGCUGUCUCUCGACAUCAAAAUGGACAAGAAGGGUCUCUUGUCCAAAGAGGAAAUGAUGGGACCCAUUCGAGCCACGCCGGCCGUCAAACUUAUCCAAGAGUUUCAAGGCAAACAUCCUGUCUCGAUCCUGCACGAGCUUUGCACCAAACAGCACUGGGAGCCACCUGUAUUCGAGCAAAUACUCGACAUUGGACCCGACCAUCUCAAACAUUUUCUCUUCAAAGUUGCUGUCAACGGUAUCGAAUACCAGGCCUGCUUGGCCAGCACUACCAAGAAAGAGGCUAAGGCCCAGUCAGCAGCAGCCUGCCUUCAGGCGCUUGGCGUCUUCGCACCACCACCACCUGGGCCUUGAUGGUCUGUCUUAUAAGUUAUAACGAAGAAUUACUGUAUAGCCAUUUCUUUCAUUCGAUAUGGUGUAACAAUCAACCUACGGUCCAGGUGACCGAAUACAACAUUAUUGGAUUAAUCUUA